AAACGGGCGCUGAUCAACAGGGGAAACGUUGAUGCUAGCACACUGCCAGGCAGACAGAACGCUCAGUGAAGACAUUCUGUAAGAUGAAAUGAAAGAUCAGAGCUUCUCCGAGAUGAGCAGCACGGCAGCCUCAGGCCUGCAAGGCAGGGUCCGGAAAACGCUGGGAAAGGUCUUCGGGUUUGAGUCCUUCAAGACUUCCCUGCAGGAAAGUGCAACCAUGGCUGUGGUGAGAGGCGAGAAGGAUGUCUUUGUAUGCAUGCCCACAGGGGCAGGGAAAUCCUUGUGCUACCAGCUUCCUGCAGUUCUGGCAGUGGGCAUCACCAUUGUCAUUUCACCUCUGAUUGCACUGAUUCAGGACCAAGUGGACCAUUUGCUGGCUCUGAAGAUCAAAGCCUGCUCUCUGAACUCCAAGCUUUCUGCCCAGGAAAAGAAGACCAUCCUGGCUGACUUGGCAAGUGAGAAGCCUCAGAUAAAGCUUCUGUACAUCACCCCAGAGAUGGCAGCUGCCUCAUCCUUCCAGCCUACACUCAACUCCCUAGUGUCUCGAAAUCUCCUGUCCUACCUGAUAAUUGAUGAAGCUCAUUGUGUCUCCCAGUGGGGACAUGAUUUCCGACCAGACUACCUACGGCUGGGCACCUUGCGUACUCGCAUACCCAAUACACCAUGUGUUGCUUUGACUGCCACUGCUACCAAGCAAGUCCAGGAUGAUAUUGUGACAGCACUUAAGCUAAAGCAACCACUUGCUACCUUUAAGACUCCUUGCUUCAGAUCUAACUUGUUCUAUGAUGUGCAAUUCAAAGAGCUCUUGACUGAUCCUUAUGCCAACUUGAAGGAUUUCUGUCUGAAGGCACUGGAAGUGAAGAACACCACUGGGGUGUACUCCGGCUGUGGCAUUGUGUACUGCAGGAUGAGGGAUGUGUGUGACCAGCUGGCAAUUGAAUUGAGCUACCGAGGAGUGAAAGCCAAAGCAUAUCAUGCAGGGCUCAAGGCAGCUGACAGGACUUCAGUCCAGAAUGAAUGGAUGGAAGAGAAGAUACCAGUUAUUGUUGCAACCAUCAGUUUUGGAAUGGGAGUAGACAAGGCAAAUGUCAGGUUUGUUGCUCAUUGGAACAUUGCCAAGUCAAUGGCAGGAUAUUACCAGGAGUCUGGCAGAGCUGGUAGAGAUGGGAAGCCCUCCUGCUGCCGCCUCUAUUACUCUAGGAACGACCGGGAUCAAGUUAGCUUCCUGAUUAAGAAGGAACUGUCUAAAAUCCAGGAAAAAAAAGGCACCUUAAAAGAAUCUGACAAGUCUGUGAUGACAGCUUUUGAUGCUAUUGUAAGCUUCUGUGAGGAGCUGGGGUGUCGUCACGCUGCCAUAGCGAAGUACUUUGGCGAUGUCACCCCACCUUGCAAUAAGUGCUGUGAUUACUGCAAGAACCCAGAGGCAGUGAAAAGGCAGCUGGAGGCACUGGAGCGCUGCAGCAACAACUGGAGCAAAACUUGCAUUGGGCCCACAGGAUCCUCCUGGGACAGCUACGACCCAGAGCUGUACGAAGGGGGAAGGAGAGGCUGCAGAGGUUUUAGCAGGUAUGAUGAAGAAAGCAGUGGGAAUGGGGAUGAAGCCAACGAAGAGAAUCGGAAACGGGAGUGGGACAACUUCUACAAAAAGCAGAUGAGUCUGCGCAGAGGCAAAGAACCAGAAAAAGAAGAUUUUGUUCCUCCAAGUGCAGACUGCCCCUUGAAGGAUGCCUUCAGCAGAAGAAUCUCUAAGCUCACAGUGAAGGGACGGGAGCACUGCUUGAAGAUACUGGAAGAAGCUUUGAGUGCCAACCAAGAGGUUCCAACAGCAGUAGGAAAAUGGUCAGACCCUCAUGCCUGUGCGGUGGAGCUGGAGUAUGAAGCUUUCAGAACCAGUAAAAUGGCUAACUCAUACAAGGCAUCUGUGCUAAAGAAGGUAGCAGAGAUCAACAAAGCAUCAAAAGAAGGAGCGUUGUUCUCAGUCUUUGGGUCAGGAACUGGAGGCAGCAGCAGCUCAAGAACAAAAUCUGAGUCUCCAGCAGAGGAGGAUUUCCUCCCUGCAUCCCAAGUUUACUCGUUCAAACCCAAGCGUGUGGGAGCUGGCUUUCCAAAGAAGUCUGGCUUGUUCCAGACAGCUUCAGAACUGCUGAAGGUCCAGGAAGAUAACGAUACAAAGCUGGUCAAAAAAGAAGAUUGUCCAAACAAACAAGACAACAGCAACUGCAGUCUGGAACUGGACACAAAACCCACUGUUCUCCAGACUAAAAAAAGAGCAACCAAAGCAGUGUGUGAGAGUGCUGAGGUAGCAGUAGUCCUUCCUGAGAAGAAGGUACAGCAUACCAGUCCAGACACAAAAGCUGCCCUUGGGGAUAGCCCUGUUAAGAAGACCAAACCCACCAAAAAGCAGCAAAUGCUGGCAGAAGCGGCCAAAAAAGAAUCACAGGAUAUUUCCAAGUUCUUCUCCCUUUCCAAAGGUGGAUCUAAAGCCAAAAGUUGCAGCUCAACAGAGGAAGUCAGCUCUACUGCAAGCACACUACCUCAGGUUUCUUCUCAAAGCAUAUGUCAAGAGAAAUCAAUACCUCAGGAAAACAAAGAUGCCUCUGGAGAAGAUGUGACAGGACAGUCCCAGGGGGAGAAUGAGGAGCUGGGAGAGACAGAAGAAAUGCUGACUGGGAGGGAGGAGGACUGUAAGAUCCAGCAGGCUGCUGAAUCUACACUCCUUCAGGAAGAACUUGAUGUAUCGAGUGUUGCUGAAAGUGUCACAGAAGCUGAACAAGCUGUUGUUGGGGAAGGUCAGAGUGAGAAGCGACUAGGAUCAGAUGAGGAUGCAGAAAGUCCUGCAGCAAAGCGGAUGCGGACAGCAGCAAAAUCUUCUAUUCUGUCCCAGCCAGAAAGCAAAAGUGUGGGUCUGACAAAGAAGAAGGUGACUUUUGAUCCAAACUUAUUGCAGAGUGAUAAAGAAGAAGGCAGCAAGACCAUGCAGCCUGUGACCAAAAGCAUGUCCCUCAAAGAGAUAGCAGACAUCGUUGUUAAAUAUUUGACCCCAUUCUACAAGGGUGGCAAAUUUGCUUCCAAGGACCUGUUUAAGGGCUUUGCUCGGCACCUGUCUCACUUACUGACUGAAGAUCAGAACCCUGCUCGCAAGACCGUGAAGGAAGAAGCACAGAGACUCAUUAAGGAGUUUUUCAAAACACGAGUCAGAUGUGAGAGUGAAACAGACUGGCAGGAGCUGCACUGCUCGGAGGGAUGAUCCUUGCAUCUUGCUGGCUCUCUUCCUUCUUCCAGCAGUGGGACCAGGGGAUGUUGAGGAACUUAGCCAUGGAGCGUUUCAAGAAAAUGCAGAAGUGAGUCUUCUUUUCCCACUGCAUUUUUGCUCUCUUCUAUCUACAGUGUCACCUUAGCAACACACAUUUCCAGGAAGCCAGUUUCUCUGAAUUUAGAGAGUGUUUCUCCAAAAAACAGGGAACUAAGGCCCUACAGUACCUCUUGCCAAGAGGCACAAAGUCUCCUUCCGCUGUGUAGGUUAGAGGCUGCUGCCUCAGAUGUUUUGCAGUGUUCCCUGCAGCAGUCUGGGAGGGUAUCACACUUUCCAACUGAGACUCUGCUUUGGGAUAGCUCCUCUCCUUGCUUCCCCAUCUCUUAGUCCUUAUUUAAGUGUUACCAAUAGAAGCCUUAUGCUACAAAUGAGUUCACGUGCUUUUGCUCAGGGCUGCUAAUGCUGAACUUGGUGGUUGAGUUCUGGAUGGAGCGUUUUUCCUUGGAAGGCAGCAGGGGAGUGUUCUGUUUUUACCCUGCAGGCAAUGCUGACUUUCUGAAGGUAGAGAAAUUCAGAUUUUUUGUUUGUUUGUUUGUUUUAAUCCUAAGUUAAUUUCUUUUUAACAGUGUCUAGUUCUGCCUGCCCUUUGAACUUCAGUGGUGUUGAUCUCUCAGUGUUAACCUCUCCAGCAGUGGCACUAAAGUUGCCAGUGCUUUUCCAGCAUUUGCUUGUAACCCCUAAAGCCAUAUCUGUUCCCUGUGCCUCACCCACAGCCCGCAGUACAGAGGGCAAUGCUGCUGUUACUACUAGUUAAUGUACUGCUGUGGCUCUCAGGUUGACACUGUAGUGCCUCUGCUGCUAUAUUUAUAUAAAGACCUGAACUGUAGGGUAUCAGUGGGCUUGAAAUAACCUGAUUCCCUAGCACAGGUUCUUUCUGUUGGGUUUUAGUUGGGUUCUGCCUUUUUUUCACGCUUACAGAGGCUGGUGGCCUCAGGCACUUGUGCUGCUAGAGGAAUCUGCAGCCUGAGAAGCCAUGAAACAGACUUUUGAAUCACUGUACUCAACGGAUUAUUAUUUUUAUGUGCCGAAGGGUAUGUGCGGAACUAAUAAAACAAUGUUAUAGCA